AUGUCGUCGUCGACGCCGCCGCCGGGGCCCGUGCAGAAGUCGGAGGAGGAGUGGGAGGCCAUCCUCACGCCGGAGCAGUUCAACAUCCUACGCCGCAAGGGCACCGAGUACCCUGGAACGGGUGAAUACGACAAGUUCUUUGAGGAGGGCAUUUAUAAAUGUGCUGGAUGUGGAACUCCCUUAUACAGAUCAUCUACAAAGUUCAACUCAGGGUGUGGCUGGCCGGCAUUCUAUGAGGGACUUCCUGGGGCCAUAAAACAGACGGAAAUGACCAAGGCAAGUAGCUACAUGGGCUUUAAGAACAACAAUUCACAAAGAAUAUUGCCAUUGCUUGCAGAAACACACCUUGCCUGA